CCCGCACGCUCCACGCAUGCGCGAACUUAAACACACGUUUUUUUUUCAGUGAAAUUUAAAGUUGCCAGUGUCAGAAAUUUACAGUGCUUUCGGAUUGCAGUGCUGUGUUUUGCUUUUGAUUAUUUACCGUUUUCAUUUCUUUUUAAUAAGUGUCAACUAAACAGUGUUUCGAAUUUCGAAAACAGAAGAAUUGAUUAUGUUUGUGAGCGAAAUUGUGUUGUACUAAGGAUUUUGGAGGAGUGACAAUGUGUGAGCGGUGACCUCUGGCCGCGCGAUGUUGCGCGCGAUCCUCGCGGUGUGCGCGGCGUGCGUCGCGUGCGCAGCGUCCGAGCACGUGCGCGAGUUCACGGUGCGCGAGAACGCCCGCGCCGGGACCCUCGUCGGGCACCUCGGCGACGAGCUCCCCGACGCCGCCCCGCCAUACACCAUCGUCCCAGUACCCGGCAGCGCCGUCAACGAUGACCUUAAAAUAGACCCUCACACUGGAGAAAUAAGAACUAAGUUACCCCUCGAUAGAGAAAACAGAGACCACUACGCCCUUGUCGCCAUCCCCGCCUCAGGAGACAACAUAAGAGUUGUAGUUAAAGUCUCAGAUGAGAAUGACAACGCUCCCACAUUCCCUACACCGGUUAUGAAUGUAGAAUUCUCCGAAAAUACUCCUAGAGAUGUAAAGAGAAAGCUCAAUCCUGCAAAAGACCAGGAUUUAGGUGUGUUCAACACGCAGAGGUACAAUAUUGUAUCAGGAAAUACGGAUAACGCGUUCAGAUUGUCAUCCCACAGAGAGCGUGAUGGAGUUUUGUAUUUAGAUCUUCAAAUCAAUGGAUUCCUUGAUAGAGAGACUACAGAUCAUUAUGAGUUAGUUAUAGAAGCGUUAGAUGGCGGUACUCCGCCUUUAAGAGGUACAAUGACUGUAAAUAUUACUAUAUUAGAUGUAAAUGAUAAUCCACCGGUGUUUGCCGAAAGUAUAUAUUUAGCGAUGAUUCCCGAAAAUGCGACAGUGGGAACGCCUGUCUUAAAAGUGUCUGCAACAGAUUCAGAUUCUGGUGAAAACGGGCUGAUCGAAUACUCGAUAAAUAGACGACAGAGCGACAAAGAGAACAUGUUCAAAAUUGACCCUGAAACAGGGGAUAUAACUGUGAACAAGGCUCUGGAUUUCGAAACGAAAGACUUGCACGAGUUGGUUGUAGUGGCUAGGGACAAAGGAGCUCAGCCCUUGGAGACUACAGCGUUUGUUUCUAUUAGAGUCACAGACGUGAAUGACAACCAACCGACGAUAGACGUUAUUUUCCUAAGCGAUGAUGCUACGCCAAAGAUAUCCGAAUCGGCACAGCUAGACGAAUUCGUGGCCAGGAUAUCGGUCCACGACCCUGACUCCAAAACGGAAUACUCUAACGUCAACGUCACUCUAAGCGGUGGAGAUGGACAUUUCGAUUUGCGAACUCAUGAUAACAUUACGUAUUUAGUAGUCGUAGCUUUGCCGUUGGAUAGGGAAUCUCAGUCCAGUUAUACUUUGAACGUAGUAGCUACGGAUAAAGGUUCUCCUCCACUGCACGCGUCUAGGAUCAUCAGAUUGAGAGUGACUGAUGUGAAUGAUAACGCGCCGGUGUUUGUGGAGUCGGAGUAUAAAGCGAGCGUGCCUGAGGCUGCAGCGCCUGGUACUCCUGUGGUGCAAGUGUCGGCAGCUGAUGCUGAUGAGGGGGAGAAUGCGGAGAUUAGAUACUCGUUGUUGCCGACUCCACAGUCGGAUUGGUUCGCGAUAGACGAGAGGUCUGGGCUGGUGACGACGAAAGCGCGGGUUGAUUGUGAGACGAACCCGAUGCCGCGGCUGACGGUGGUGGCGCGCGACCGGGGAAACCCGCCGCUGUCCUCGACGGUCAGUCUGGUGGUGACCGUGCUGGAUGUUAACGACAACGAGCCGAUCUUCGACCAGUCCUUCUACAACGUCACCGUGGCGGAGAAUGAGGCGGUCGGCAGCUGUAUUUUAAAGAUGUCAGCGAUGGACCCCGACUGCGGGGUAAACGCGAUCGUCAACUACACUCUGACAGACAGUUCUGCUCGACCCGUGUUCUCGGUCAGACCUGACUCCGGAGAACUGUGCAUAUCAGCCCCGCUUGACCACGAGACCACCAGUGACUACGAGUUUCCUGUUGUGGCAACCGAUAGAGGGGGCCUCUCGACGACCGCUAUGGUGAAGAUCCAACUGGUUGAUAUAAAUGACAACGCGCCAGCAUUCACUGUUAAGGAUUACAACGUCUCUUUGAAGGAAGGAAGGAUUUCUUCUACAGAACCAAUUGUGUCUGUAUCCGCAACGGAUCCUGAUUCUGGACGCUUCGGCACUGUCACUUAUAGAAUAAUAAAUGGAAAUGAGAAUGAUAUCUUCAGGAUUGACAGGGGUAGCGGAGAGAUUUUUGUAACGAAGCCGUCCCUCAUUCAGUCGAACAGGAAGUUUGGCUUGGAAGUGUCUGCUACUGAUGGUGCUGGUAUCACUGCGCCGCAAGGCGCUACAGUCCAUGUGAAUGUCGUCUCCGCUGGAGUCGGCUCAGCACUAUUUGACAAACCCAGAUACAAUUUUCGUAUAAAAGAAGACGUGAGAAGCGGAACAGUCGUCGGAACGCUGAAAGCUACUGUUGGAGAUAGAGGCAAGCAGCCAAUCCACUACAGCAUCGUCUCCGGAGACCCUGACCACCAUUUCAUCAUCGAACCACUCACUGGAGCCAUCAGAACAUCUGCACCUCUGGACCGGGAGACCAGACCCUCGUACCUUCUGAAUGUCAGAGCUGUCAACGGCAACCCUUCUAGCUACGAUCAGACUCAGGUUCAAAUAACCCUAGAAGAUGUUAACGACAACGCGCCAGAAUUUGGAACUUCAUCUGUGAGGGUUUCUGUAGCAGAAUCAGCUGCCAUAGGAUCUGUUGUUUACGCUGCCAGGGCAUCUGAUGAAGAUGAAGGGAAGAAUGGCCUGGUGACGUACAGCCUACUGUCUGCUACAGGACCACCUAAUACCUUUGCUGUAAACGCGCAGCAUGGAUUAGUGACUUUGCUAAGACCGCUAGACUAUGAGAACCUAGUGCGCCACACACUCGUGAUAUCAGCAAGAGACGGUGGAAGUCCACCACUGACUGCCAACUUGACCCUCGCAGUGGACGUCCAGGAUGUAAACGACAACACGCCAGUCUUCGAACACGAUGCUUACAGCGCCAAUGUUUUGGAAUCUGAAGCUGUUAAUACGAAGAUCUUGGAAAUACAAGCUAUAGACAAAGACACUGGCAACAACGCACGGAUCACAUAUAGAAUAAUUCCUGAUAAUUCAACGCAAGAAGAAAUUUUCAAAGUCCAAGCGAAUACGGGAUGGGUGUACCUAGCGAAACCACUGGAUAGAGAAACAGUAGCGAAGCAUAGAAUGAUGAUUACAGCAACAGAUAAUGGGAUACCACCUCUAUCAGCAACUGCGAGUUUAGUAAUCAAUGUUAUCGAUGCAAAUGACAAUGAUCCUGUGUUUCUGAGGGCUGCAUACGAGUUUCAAGUUGAAGAGAAUAAGAAAGCAGGGGCUUACGUUGGCAAAAUUUCUGCAAGUGACGCUGAUUUGGGUGACAAUGCUGUUGUUAGAUACAGUCUGUUCCCGUCGAAUACUAGUUUCAACAUCCACCCUGUUUCAGGUAUCAUAACGACCAAAGAAAAACUAGACAGAGAGUUCAAAUCAUCUUACUCGCUAUUCGCUGAAGCUCGGGACCAAGGUUCUUUGCCUCGGUCCAGCCGAGUGCCCAUAUCUAUCAAAAUCACUGAUGUUAACGACAAUGCUCCUGAAAUAGUAGACCCUAGGGAAGAUGUUGUUAGCGUCAGAGAAGAACAGCAACCUGGUGCCGAAGUGGCUAAAGUAAAGGCUAUAGACAGAGAUAAUGGUGUCAACGCUACUAUAACUUACUCUAUUUUGAACGACAGAGAAAUGGAAGGCAUCGGAGUAUUCGUCAUUGAUCCUAAAAGUGGGGUGAUUAAGACGAGUACAGUAUUGGAUCACGAAGAAAGAUCAAUCUACAGAUUAACAGUAGCCGCAACUGAUGGAGGGAAACCACCCAAACAAACCGUGAGACAACUUAAAGUCGAAGUCCUAGAUUUAAAUGACAACAGACCCACAUUCACUAGCUCCAGUUUGUCUUUCAAAGUAAAGGAAGACGCAAAAAUUGGCCAUAUCGUCGGCACAGUCGCAUGCUGUGAUAGUGACAUUCAAGACAAUCUUGUAAACAACGAGGAAGAAAGACAGAUUUCAUAUUUACUCAUGUCAUUAACCUCUGAUCACUCUCCAGGCACUUUUGAGAUAGACCGACGAACAGGAUCUUUGGUCGUAGCCAGACAAUUGGACAGAGAAAUACAAGACGAAUAUAGGCUUGAAGUUAGAGCUCUAGAUACUUCAGCUACAAAUAACCCUCAAAGCAGUGCCGUAACAGUCAAAAUAGAAAUCGUGGAUGUUAAUGAUAAUGCUCCUCAAUGGUCACAAGACCCUAUCAACAUUGAAAUUUCUGAAAUUACACCGGUUGGAAGUAUUGUUUACAACUUCACUGCCAGAGAUGCCGAUUUUGGCCCGAAUGGAGACUUAAAUUUUCGCAUCGUUUCGUCCCUUCCUGCUACGAAGAAAGUAUUCAACUUGGAUCCACUGACUGGUUCUCUAACACUUACCUCACCUUUAGACUACGAAAGUUUGAAAGAGUAUUGGUUAGUUAUCGAAGCGACUGACUUAGCAAUAAAUAUAUCUGAAAGGAUGGUGACUUCCGCCACAGUUCAUAUUUCUAUCACCGAUGCAAACGAUAAUGUUCCUACUUUCGUAUCUGCAAAUAAAGCAUCUGUGUCAUUGAAUACUUUGACUGGCACUUUAUAUCAAGCGUUGGCCGUUGACGCAGACUCUGGUGAUAAUGGUAGGAUAUCCUAUUACAUUUCAAGUGGUAACGAUCACGCCUACUUCUCAAUGGAAUAUGACAAUGGGAAACUGACUCUUUCUAAGAAAUACGCUUCGGAUAUUUCAAGAGUAAGACCGGGACAGUAUAAAUUGAACCUUACUGCAUCCGACCACGGUGUACCAUAUCCUAGACAAAGUCAUAUGGCAUUACUGUUGAAUCUACAAGAAUCGACAAAUGUUCCUCCUAGAUUUAUUGAUUCGUUCUACAGAGCUAAUAUUAGUGAAGAUAUCAGACCGGGAAGUUUUGUUUCAAGAUUGAAUGCCAAGUCCUCAAGGGGAAAUUCUGGUAAUCUUACAUACAUGAUACCGUCGGGUGUGGCUGAUGACAAAUUCGCGAUUGAUGAGCGACUUGGCACGAUUACAGUGAAAUCCAAAAUAGAUAGAGAAGAAAGAGACCAAUAUGUUUUCCCUGUUUAUGUAACUGACUCCAGCACGUUUCAAUCUACCACGAACUUUGAUGUUGCUACGGUGUCGAUCAGUGUCUUGGAUGUGAAUGAUAAUCCGCCCGCUUUCAAAACAGGCUCAUGCUACCCACUAGCUGUCCCAGAAAAUAACGAACCUGAAGUUAUUCAUACAGUAGCAGCAACAGAUAAGGAUAUUGGUGCCAAUGGAAUUAUAACUUACAGUAUUACUUCAGGAAAUAAUGGAAACAAAUUCUCUAUUGAUUCUACGUCCGGCAAUCUGACAGCUAGAACUCUAGACCGUGAAACUCAAUCGAAAUACCACUUGACUAUCACAGCGUUUGACCACGGUUCACCAGUGGCGCUUCAAGGGUCUUGUAACAUAACUAUUUUGGUAGAAGACCAAAAUGAUAACGACCCAGUUUUUGACACUGGACAUUAUUCAGCUGCAAUUCCCGAAGAUGCCCCAGUAGAUACUUCUGUUAUCAAAGUAAGAGCCACUGAUGCUGAUUUGGGAUUCAAUAAGCGUAUAGUCUACUCACUAGCUAAUGAAAGUCAGGGAUUGUUCCGGAUUGAUAACAAGACUGGCAUAAUUUUUACCACUGGAACGUUUGAUAGAGAAAAAAUCAACGUAUACCAUUUCGAAGCCGUAGCCACAGAUGAAGGUCGAUACAUCGCUCGUUCUCAGAGGGUUUCAGUUGAAGUAACAAUAAAUGAUGUCAAUGAUAACAAGCCUAUCUUCACAAAGUACCCUUUUAAAGAGCAAGUGGCUACAUUGACGCCCCCAGGGCAAAGUUUACUUCGAGUUUCUGCAACUGAUAAUGACAUCGGGACUAACGCUGAAAUACUUUACGAACUAUUUGACACCGCAAAUCACAAGUUUCGUAUAAAUCCUACUACAGGAGUGUUAACUGCUACUCAGAGUCUGGCCAGUGAAAAUGGGAGACUCAUACAUUUGAAAGUAAUAGCUAAAGAUAAAGGAAACCCUCCUCAGAGUUCUGUCGGGCUGAUUGAAAUACGUGUCGGUGACUCUUCGGACAAUACUCCUACGUUGAAUUUCCAAAAUGCUACAUACAACGUGACUAUAGACGAAAACAUGUCAUACGGCAGGGAAGUAGUACAAGUAACAGCUUUGAGAAGCGACGGCCGCCGCCAAAGAAUAUUUUACGAAUUCGGCAAUGGAAACGACCAGUACACGUUCGAGAUAGACUCUAACACGGGCGUAAUAAGGGUGAAUAAUUCAGCAAAUCUGGAUUACGAAUCUUAUCCCGGCCCGAAGCGGCAACUGGUCGUGGUUGCCCGAACAGAAGGCGCGCCAGUCUUAUACGGUUAUUGCGAUGUAACAAUAAAUCUGCUGGACCAAAACGACCACGCUCCCAGAUUUACGCAACAACAAUACAUCGCGAACGUUCUAGAAGGGAAUACUAAAGGCGAAUUUGUCGUGCAACUCGCCGCAAAGGACGACGACCGCGGAGCGAACGCGAGGAUUCUAUACCACAUAGUAGACGGGAACCACGAUAACGCAUUUAUUAUUGAACCGGCCUUCUCCGGAUCGGUCAAAACGAACAUAGUGUUGGAUCGUGAGAUAAGAGAGACGUAUAAAUUGACAGUUAUUGCAACAGACGAGGGAGACCCACAAAUGACCGGCACCGCUACUCUCAGGAUCAAUGUAGUCGACGUCAACGACAAUCAGCCGACAUUCCCCCCGCCGAACGUCAUUUCGGUAUCCGAAGGAGCGGAAGUCGGGACGGUACUCACAUCUGUUACGGCGAACGACGUUGACACGUAUCCUGCAUUGAAAUACUCGAUAAUACACGGAGACAAUACUUUUUCAAUAGACAGAUACAGUGGGAAAAUUGUUUUGAAUAAACCCUUGGACUUCGAGUCGAGGAAAGAGUUCGAGGUGAACAUAACGGCAUCGGAUAAUGAACACGUAGCGAAGACUACACUCACAAUCAAAGUCACUGAUGUGAACGAUAACUCCCCGGUGUUUGAUGACAUAUCGUAUAACAGGAUAUUGCCUGAAGGCACGGGAACCAUCGAAAUGGGAUCAGUCAGCGCAAGGGAUCAAGACAGUGGUGACAACGGGAAAGUCACAUAUUCGAUUCUCCGGCCGACAAAGGGCUACUAUAUCGACACAAUAUCUGGCAUGAUCUUCGUGAACUACAGCGCUUUACCGCACCAGAGGGACACUCAGCUAGCUGUGGUGGCGACUGACCAUGGGAAGCCUAAUAGAAGUGCCGUGGCUUCUGUUAGAAUCAGCACCGGGGCGUCUUCGGAAAUAAAGCCCUUUAUUGGACAAGAUACCUACAGGAUUACGGUGAACGAGGAUACUGAGAAAGGAACAUCUCUUCUGCAAAUCGGUGGCAUCAAUGACGUCCUCAAAAAAUACAACCUGGAGUUCCAUAUCACUUCUGGCAACGAAGGAGACACCUUCGACGUCACUCUCGAAGGAGCAUUGGUCUUAGUCAACAAACUCGAUCGAGAAACUCAAGAUUCCUACGUUCUUGGUUUGGCUGCAAUUGAGCAAGGAAAAAUACUUGCUUACAACCUAAAUAAGACAUCUAUCACAGUAUUCGUAACGGUGGCCGAUGCCAAUGAUAAUGCACCAAUGUUUUCAACAAACGAUUUUGAAUUGACUGUCAGUGAAGAUGUCAAAAUCGGCUACACUCUAACUCAACUUUCUGCUACUGACGCUGAUUUGUUCGGAACUGCUAAUGCGGCUAUUGUUUAUAAUAUUACUUCUGGAGACGACGAAAAACUGUUUUAUAUUCACCCCACAACUGGAAUAUUGUCUGUAAAUAAAACCCUGGACUAUGAUACUGGUAAUACGGAGUAUAAAUUGAUUGUGGUUGCCUGUGAUCAAGGCACGCCCUCACUUUGCAAUGCAGUGUACAUAAAAGUUGGCAUCAUCGAUGAGAACGACAAUGCUCCAACAUUCCCCGUUACUGAAUACUUUGAAACGAUUGGAGAAAAUGAAAGAGUUGGAACAUCAGUAUUCACUGCCAGAGCCACAGAUUUAGAUAAAGGGAGAUACGGGAAUCUUAAUUACUCCAUUGUACCUUCAUCUUCUAACUAUAACAGAAAUGACGAUUCAUGGAAAAUGUUCCAAAUAGAUUCUGCUUCCGGGCUGGUAAAUACAAACGCAGUCUUCGAUUAUGAACAGAAAAAUAAGUACGAGUUUUCUAUCAAAGCAUCGGAUUUGGGUGGCAAAAGUUCUACUGUAAAAGUAAGAAUUGAUAUUGAAAGCAGAGACGAGUUUUACCCACAAUUCACACAGAAAACCUAUAAUUUACCAGUACCAAAAUCUGGUCCUAUACCGGCUGGAUAUGAAAUAGGCCAAGUAACAGCUACAGAUAGAGAUAAAGGUAUUGAUGGAAGAAUAGUUUACCAGCUUUCCACUUCGCACUCAUACUUUAAGAUUAAUAGAACUACUGGCUACAUAAUUAUGAAAAAGAAGGUGGAAUCUGUAUCUAAUCUUUUUGGAUCUGAUAAAUCUAUAAGUUUAGUAGUGACUGCAAGCUCUGGCAGGCAAGGAUCUUUAACUAAUAAGACUGCAGUAGAAAUAACACUAGAUCCUCAAGCUACUGUUGAUGUAAAUCGUGCUGGGGAUCCAUCAAUGGCAGCAAAUAGUGGCCUGUCUGAUUGGGCUUUAGGCCUACUCAUCGCUUUCAUUUUUAUAAUUAUAAUUUUCGCUGCAGCAUUCCUAUUUUUGCAUAUGAAAAACAAAAGACAUAAGAAAGUCAACAAGCCUGGCCUUAAUUCGGAAGGAGUUGGUGCUACAAAUAGUUAUGUGGACCCAAGCGCAUUUGACACGAUACCUAUAAGAAAUACUGGUGCUGUCAAUGCUAACUUUGCUCCACCCAAAUAUGAUGAAAUUCCACCAUAUGGCCCUCACACAGCUAGUUCAAACUCUGGAGCUGCUACUACUUCAGAACUGUCUGGAUCAGACCAAUCAGGAUCAAGUGGUAGAGGAUCGGCUGAAGACGGAGAAGAUGGCGAAGAUGAAGAAAUCAGAAUGAUUAACGAAGGUCCUUUGCAAAGAGAAUCUGGAAUUCACCGCCAGUCUAACGGAGUAGAUGAUGAUAAUUUAUCUGAUGUAUCAGUUCACAAUACUCAAGAAUAUUUAGCCAGGCUUGGAAUAGUUGAUACUGGAACUGGAGGUGGAGCUUCAACUUCUUCUAGAAGAUGUUCGGAAAAUGUUGGAAAUAAAGACACGAUGAUGCAUCACGGUCCUAUAGAUUCUAUGCAUAUGUUUGAUGAAGACGGUGCACAUGAAAAUGACAUUACUAAUCUAAUUUACGCAAAGCUGAACGAAGUAACGGGAAGUGAACGAGCGAGUAGCGCUGAUGAAACGAGUGCCGCAGUCGACCGUGCCAUGGCCCUAGGAGCCUUCCCUAGUGCCCCUGGAGAAAACACAGCUGUGCCCACUGCAGGCCCAUCUAUGACUGGAAGCUUAAGCUCUAUUGUACAUUCAGAAGAAGAAUUAACUGGUAGCUAUAAUUGGGAUUACUUACUCGACUGGGGACCGCAGUAUCAACCCUUAGCACAUGUAUUUUCGGAAAUAGCACGGCUCAAAGAUGAUGCAGUUUCUCUUCAAAGUGGUAACAGUGGUGCUUCUAGUGCUAAAAGUAAAGGAACGUCUUUAUCGGGAGGCAAAAGCGUGCCCCCGCCAUUGUUGACUACAGUAGCUCCUAGAAGCUGUCCGGCGCCUUCUUUGUCUUGUAGGCAGCCUCAACAUUUAUUGCCGAGGUCUCCUAUAAGCCAUGAUGUGCCUGGAGGUUUCUCUGCAGCAGCGGCUAUGUCCCCAUCAUUCUCGCCUUCACUCUCACCUUUGGCUACACGAUCACCAUCCAUGUCUCCAUUAGUAGGUCCGGGGCUUCCGCCAGCACCGGCAUCUAGGAAACCUCAUCAUGCAACCAUGAGGAUAUAGAAUAUUGUACUUAGUAGAUUGUAAAUAUACCCCCAAUAACGACUGUUUGCCUCUAAGUAUUGUUAGUAUUUAUUGUCCGCCGAUGUAAUCGGUCUAGCUUCUUUGUAAUCUUUCAUUUUGUGCAUGUUAUUUGUCCUGCCCUGAAUAUGCUCAAAGUGAUUUAUUAAGCGCUUAUUACCGAUUUUCCGGUAAAUGUAUAUACGUCUUCACUCGGGUUGUAACUUUAUCUUGUAAAUAUUAGACUGUACAUUAUUCGUAGUGCCUUGUAAAAUAAUUAUUAUGAAGACUGCCAUGUUAUUGUACUUUUAAACACAAAUGAUUCAGCUUUACUAUAAGAUAUUGUAGAUGCAAUUUUAAUGUUAGCUUUAUUACGAACGUUUGUAAUUUAAAUGCAGUCACAUCUGUUUUAUAAAAUUAAUUCGUAUCCCAUGUAACUGUAAGUCUCUUCUGUGCCUUUUACAACUGUAUCUGAAAGUAUUUUAUUAAGAAAUAAGACACUGUGAUUUUCGUCUGUUAUAAUCGAAAAUGCCUGUAGGUGCUCUGUUUUGUGUAAAUUUUUGUAAUUUUAUUGUAUGGUGAUAAUUUGUGUGUUUAUUGAAUCAAUUGAGUAGAGAAUGUAUGUAUAUAAUUUCUGUUCAUAAAUGUACCUAUUCGUAAGUCCCAAUUGACUGUCUGCGAUGAAUGUUUAAACGAAAAUUAAAUACAGUUUAAAA